AUGAGCUCUUUCGGUGCAACGCAUACUGGCUGCCAUGAGAGGGGAACUACUAUAAAAAAUCUAGGGAAUAAUCAAACGGAUCCCUCUAGGACCUACAAAGCCCCCUAUGUUGAAGCCGAUUCCAUCGAUUUCUACUCACUGGCCACUGGCUCAACUAACACCGAUUUUACUCCCGAUGAUUUUACACCCGCCAAUGUCAUCACAAGAGAACAGUUGGUAAAUGAAGCGAGGGAAAUUUAUGCAGGGUUAGCUAUAGUAGAGGGUAAGUGCACAACAAAGCCAGGGAAGGAUGAAAGACGUUCUUCUAGCACUUAUAAAAGCCCCCACGUCGAAGCCGAUUCCGUCGAUAUCCAUUCACUGGCAUCUGGUACUCAUUCAACUAACACCGAUGGCGAUCCCGAUGGUGUCACUCCCCCCGAUAUCCUCACAAUAGAAGAGUUGAUAGAGGAGGUGAGGGGCAUCUAUUCAGGGUUGGCUAUGGUAGAAAAAAAGUGCAUCGAAAUUGACAAGCAACAAAUGGAUUCAGAAUCCGACCUUUCUCCAUCACAAUGGGAGGCUUUUAUCUCCCUACAUCGCACCCUACUUUAUGAGUAUCACGAUUUUUUUCUAGCGUCGCAACACCCAUCGGUAAGCCCAGCGCUACAUCAACUGGCAACAAAGUAUCAAAUUCCCGCAAGAAUGUGGCGAUACGACAUUCACUCCUUUCUUGAGCUAGCACGACAAAAGUGCCCAGGAUCUCUGGAGCAAAUGUUGAGUUUUAUCCAUAUCGCCUAUUCAAUGAUUACAGUGUUACUCGAGGUUCUUCCGCAAUGCAAAGAAACAUGGAUCGAAUGUUUGGGGGAUCUCGCCCGGUGCCGCAUGGCUAUCGAAGAUGAUAAUGUUGAACCACCCGACAUAUUCGCAAAUAACAUUGCCAAGUCCAAUCGACUUUCAAGCCGGCCGGGUAUACUAUCAACAGCCUUAUACGAGAGAUUCACGGGAUAUGCACACUACAAGAAGCCCGGUCCCGAACCAGAAAACACACCAUCCGACAAUAAUGAUGUGCGCGUCUUCGAAAUACCAUGCCAGCUCGCAGACAAAUUCACCCACGCACUCGGCGAUUACGGUGCAAGCAGAAACUUCAUGCGAGAAGACUACGCUAUUUAUCUCGGAUUGUCAAUCAAUCGAGACAACACUCCCAAAACAACCAUCGGCAAUGGGAAACAGAUUAAGUGUGUAGGAACAACCACCGUCCCAUUCAAAUUCACUGGCGAAAAAGACGUCCACCAUCUCAAAUUCCAUCUCUUACCAAAUUGCGUCCACAACGUAAUACUCGGGAAAGCAUUCUUAAAACUAACCAAGACGUUCUCAAAUACAACAAACUUCCUCCGCCGCGUGAAAGAAAUAAUAGUGAAAGGGACAUCGCACUUCAAUCUCUUAUAUCUGGGGACAUCUAAACCCAUGUUUGAGGGGACUGUCAAUGGCCAGAGUCAAACUGCUCUUGCUGAUUCCGGCUCAAAGGUGCUCGUCAUGGAUGAAGAUUAUGCCCGGAGCAUUGGACUGAAGAUCCAUGCUGGGUAUCAGGAUCGAACAAUAUUGACGUUCGCUGAUAAUUCGGUUGCCAGUACAGUCGGGAUGGCUUAUAACGUCGAAUGGCGUUUUGGUCGAGACGAUAUAUUGAGUCCGGCUCAUCUUCUGAAUUUCCAUAUUCUGAAAAAUGCCCCUGCAAAUGUCAUUCUAAAUGAUACCCUACUAUUUGAUACUCAGGCUUUUUCACGAUAUCAGCCGUUUCUCAUCGACAAUGAUGAUUAUGAUGAUGACUUCGAAGAAUUUGAAGACGAAGGCAUGCCACAGAUCUAUAUUUUCGCAAUUGACAAAAAGGAGAAGCAAGCGACCAGUAAGUAA